UUUUUUUUUUGUAUAGCUUGACAAGGGCCUUUUCUAUUUUAUUUUUAUUUUUUUUUCUUUAUAAAAUAUUGCUCUUUGUAUAUUUAUUUGUUCAAUGCAAUUAGUUAGGUUAUCUACAUUAACAUCAGGUUUAUACAAAGGCAUCACUAGAACGUCUAACGUAACGCCUGUUUUUGGAACGACAAGUCAAAGAUGCUUCUCAUUGACAGCAUUAUGCCAUGAAGAAGAAAAGACCCCUGAAACCACUGAAGAAGAAAAGACUCCUGAAACCGCUGAAGAAGAGCAGACAACAGUUGUUGAAGAAGAAUCUGAACCUAUUAAAUUUUCUAGAAGAAGACGUAAAUUCCAUGAAUGGGUUAAUGGUGAAGGUGCUAAAUACAGACGCCCUGCAAAGGGUACUACAAAUUAUUUAGGAGAAACACCUUUUCCAACUAAUCCUUUGUUCAAACCUAGACCUCCUCUCUCCGAUGCUCGUCGUCAGGAAAUAUAUGAUGCUUUUAUUUCUGAUCCCAAGACCUGGACAGUUCGUCAAUUGGCUACUAAAUAUGGUCUAUCAUUGAAACGUGUGGAAGCCAUUUUAAAAUUAAAAUCAGCAGAAAAGGAGUUGGAAAUGAAUGGAUUUGCUUUACAAAAGAAGUUUAAUAAGGGUAUGGAGCAAUUAAUGGGUGUAGAUCAUACCAUGGAGUUAUUAAAGGAACCUUUAAUUGAUGUUUUCACUAAUAUUGGUAAACCCAAGUUUAAGACACUAAAGGAAGAUGCCUCUUUUAGUCCAGAAGAUGCUGCAAAGGAACUUAAAUCCAUACCCUUCAGGGAUCUUGAAAAACGAAUUAUUGAAUCUGAACAAGCAGAAUUUACUUUGUCUACUACAUCCUCAGCGUCAUCAACAGCAACAACAAAUACAAAACGUAGUAAAUUUUUAAUUGUAGAUACUAGUUCUUAGAUAUAAAAAAGAAAGGGGGGAAAAAAUGACUUUUAUUAUGUAUGUGUAAAUAAAGCAUAUAUUGCGUAUAUUUAUAUAAGUUUUUUUUUUCUUUACAUAAUCCAUAAACGCAUUUCAGCUUAUUAAAAUAUCAUUAAUUUCUAUACUCAUAAACAAAUAAACUUACUUGGCC